GCGUUUUCAAUUGAAAACGCUUUCUCUUCGCGCCUUCGCCCAUCUCUCUCUAGUCUCCAUCACAUACGCACUUACAGAAGCUGAUAGGUUUUCUGAAUACGUCGUUGAAGGUUCAAUAGGAAACGAUAUCUUCAUCAUUCGGCAGCAGUCAGUUUAGUUUCGUCAAUUCCUGAACUUAGGAAGUUAAAGCCAAUGGUGGCUUCUGGAUUUCUUCACUUGAGUGGGGAAAAAUUCAUAUAGAUGUGAACUCCAUGGAAACAGUUAUAUCCGGAAAUUCUGAUAAUGUUGAAAAUUUUGGAUGGAUAUCAUUUCAAACCAAAAUAAGGGAUUGAGUUGAGACAUCCUUUUCUCAUCAUCAAUACAAAGGCCCCCCCAAACAGCAUUAGGUAUAUGGCUUGUCAGAUUCUGAAUGGUCAGAAGAGGCAAGGACUGCACCUCGAAAAGACCUGGCGGGUUCUCUCCAACAACCUAUCUGCCAGAAAUUAUCUUAAGCGUGGAAAGAGUGUACCAGUUGUUAAAAUUCUCAGAGGUGUUAAUCAACGUGACUCAUAUAAAUUCUCAAAAUCUGUACAAACAAACAGCAACUUGUUCACAGCAAAUACCCAAGCUGGCGAGUCUCCAAGCUGCUUUGGAGAUUCUUUCAAACGUCAUACUAAUAGUUUUGUAAGAAGUGGAAAUGUUACGCGCAAACAGAUUCACUAUUGUGGACCAGUCCCUGGCAACUCUCAUGUAAACUUUUCAAAAGGUACAUCUAGUAUUCACAUUGACCAUGUAAUUGAAUUUGAAGACUCUGGCACUGCUUUUUCUGAUGCGGUUGAUGAUUCUGUCAUCCAUGAGAAUAUUGAUUUUGACCAAAUUGUCCUGGAGCACUACAAAAACCAAUCAACUUGCACAUCCCAGAUAUCAAUUUCUAAGACUCCUUGUGUUUCUCCAUUCAUCCAUGAAAAAGAUGUGCUUAGGCAUGAAGAUGUAUCUUUCCCAUCAGAACUACGGGAGAACUGCUUACAUGGUUCAAUGAUAGGACUGCGUCCAGAAUCCUCAAAUCAUUUACAAGAUAUCAAGCACAAACUAAUUAACAUAGCAGAUGAGCUUCAUGAUAAUGCUACUAACCUAUCUUUAGAUGAUGUUGAAAAGCUUCGCCAAGAAAGGUUACAGUUGAAUAAACAAGCUCACGAGCUUGAGAAGUAUCUUCAUGCUAAGGAAAUAAUUGAGGAAAAUAAAAAAAUACGACUUUCUUCAUCCACAGCCUCUGUCAAGGCUUCCAAACAUCAAACUCAUCCUACUCUUGCAUUCAAACUUGAUUCAACACGAUUGAAAUCUCAGGGUCUCAUGGUUGGUGAUGGUGAUGGGCAUAUUCAUGAUAUGUGGAAUCCAUCAUCAUUGUCAUUAUCUUCCGUAGACAGGUUUCGUUCUUCAUUGUUUGCCAUGAAAAGGGAGCCUUAUUUUCUAAAGAAGAAUGUAGAUGCUAAAUAUACUGAAGGUUUGAAUGAUGUAAAGUGGCAAAGUUGUGACUUCCCUUGGACAAAGAAGUUGGAGGAAAAUAACCAGAAAUUGUUCGGUAAUAAUUCCUUCCGUCCCAACCAGAGGGAGAUUAUCAAUGCCACAAUGAGUGGCCAUGAUGUGUUUGCUCUGUUGCCAACCGGAGGAGGAAAAAGCCUGACAUAUCAGCUUCCGGCUCUUGUUGGAUCGGGCAUAACCUUAGUGAUAUCUCCCCUUGUUUCACUUAUUCAAGAUCAGAUAAUGCACCUAUUGCAGGCAAAUAUACCUGCUACUUAUUUAAGUGCCAAUAUGGAAUGGACUGAGCAACAGGAAAUCUUGAGGGAGUUUUGCUCAGAUUACUGCAGAUACAGGCUCUUAUAUGUGACACCUGAGAAAGUUGCAAGGAGCGAUGUCUUACUGAGACAGUUGGAGAAGCUUCACGCUCGUGAAUUGCUUGCUAGGAUAGUAGUUGACGAAGCACAUUGUAUAAGCCAAUGGGGCCAUGACUUCAGACCAGAUUACCAGGGCCUUGGUAUCCUGAAACAGAUGUUCCCAACAAUACCAGUAUUAGCUUUGACUGCAACUGCCACAACUUGUGUCAAAGAAGAUGUUUUACAGGCCCUUGGCCUUGUUAACUGCAUUGUAUUCCGCCAAAGUUGCAACCGUUCGAAUUUAUGGUAUUCUGUUGUUCCUAAGACAAAAAAAUGUAUGGAGGACAUUGACAAGUUCAUUAAAGAUCACCAUUUUGAUGAGUGUGGUAUUGUUUACUGUCUCUCAAGAUUGGAUUGUGAAAAGGUUGCUGAAAAGCUACAGAAAUAUGGGCACAAAGCAACUUUUUAUCAUGCUAGUAUGAACUCUGAACAAAGGGCUUUAGUUCAGAAGCAAUGGAGCAAGAAUGAGAUCAAUAUAAUUUGUGCUACUGUGGCAUUUGGGAUGGGCAUCAACAAACCAGAUGUGCGCUUUGUCAUUCAUCACUCCCUUCCUAAAUCCAUUGAAGGCUACCAUCAGGAGUGUGGCCGAGCUGGUAGAGAUGGUCUCCGCUCAUCUUGUCUGUUGUACUAUAGCUACAAUGAUUAUAUAAGGGUCAAGUAUAUGAUUACUGAAGGAGUGACAGAGCAAAGUCCUUCCCACUCCAGAUGUAGUCGUGGGAAUUUUAUCGGUUCCGGAAUAAUAGAAACAAAUAAUGAGAAUCUUCGAAAAAUGGUCAGUUAUUGUGAAAACGAUGUUGAAUGUCGACGAAUUCUACAGCUCGUUCAUUUUGGCGAAACAUUUGAUGAACUCAACUGCAAUAAAACAUGUGACAAUUGCUCCAAGAAGAAAGAACAUGUUGAGAAGGAUGUGACUGAGAUUGCAAAGCAAUUGGUUGAGUUGGUAAAGUUAACAAGGCAGCAGUUCUCAUCAUCUCAUAUCUUAGAAGUUUACAGAGGUUCCCUGAGCCAACUUGUAAAGAAAUGGGGACACGACACUUUGAGCUUGCACGGAGCUGGAAAACACUUGGCCAAAGGGGAAGCCUCUCGGAUACUGCACCAUCUAGUUGUUGAGAAUAUUCUAAUGGAGUAUGUGAAGAAGAAUGAUGUUUAUGGGUCUGUUUCCUCCAUACUAAAGACAAAUCAUUCAAAGGCUUACAAUCUAUUUGCUGGUCGUCAGAAAAUUAAGUUAAGAUUCCUUUCCUCUGCAAAUGCAUUGAAAACCCCAACAAAAUUAGGAUCUGGAAUACAAAGUCCUGCUAUAGAGAAGGAGACGACUCCAGCUCAACAUGAAGUUGAAUCUCUAAUGUUUUAUUAUAAUCUCUCCGCCAAGCUGUAUACGGCUCUAAGAAGACUUCGAACUGUUCUCCUUAAAGAAGCCGGGGAUGGAGUUGUGGCCUACCACAUUUUUGGGAAUGUGACAUUGCAUGAGAUGAGCCAGAUAGUUCCUAGAACCAAGGAAGAACUACUUGAGAUCCAUGGCAUUGGCAGUGUGAAGGUUAGCAAGUAUGGUGAUAGGGUUCUAGAAACCAUUGAAGCCACUAUCAAAGAACAUGAACAAUAGAAGUUGCAACUGCAGUAGUAGAGUACAGACUGACUACAAAGGAUGAUUUCAUGGAAGAGAAUUGGAGAAAGGCUUAAAAUCGAAAUCUCGACCUUCUCUUUCAGAGACAAAAAGAGGAUCGCCAAAAUUGUAGUCUUGAUCUGGAUUCUGGACCAAGAGCAUAAAGAAAAGCAAGAUAUUUUGUAGGAGUUUCUAGGGUUCAUUCCACCAAAUCAAGAAAAUUGUAACUUGAAAUUGUUUCAAUCAGUUUUGCCCUGCCUGGAAUGCUUGGAAGUAUUUGAUUAUUACCUUCCAUUGUUGUUAAAACUAAUAGAGUUUUACAAGUUUUCCCUUUAUUGCUUGAUACCAAAAUUGAGAAAUUGAA